CCCAUCGGUUGCUUUCACCCGUAAGCCCUUCCCGGAUAACAAAAAGUGGAAGGUGAAGCAGCCAUGGCGACCAUCACGGCGCCUCCCUGCUCCCCCUCUCCAUCGUGUAUGUUCCUCACCCGCAGCUAUUGCUGCUCGAGGUCGGCGCCAAGAGCGGCCAUCCGCUCAUCUGCUGUGGCGGCGGCCCGGCAGACGCUCUCCUCCGGAUGGGACCUGUCCGGGCUGUCGGGAGCGCGACCGGCAGCUGGAAAAGCCCGUCUCGAGGAGUUGGACACCAGCAACAUGCUUCUCCGCCAGCGAAUCAUCUUUCUCGGCUCCCCGGUGGAUGAUUUGACUGCGGAUCUUAUCACCAGUCAACUCUUACUGUUGGAUGCAAAGGACCACACAAAGGAUAUCAAGUUGUUUAUUAAUUCACCUGGAGGCUCCAUUACUGCAGGAAUGGGGAUUUAUGAUGCCAUGAAAUUUUGCAAGGCUGAUAUCUCAACUGUUUGCUUUGGAUUGGCGGCUUCCAUGGGUGCAUUUUUGUUAGCUGCUGGGACAAAGGGAAAGAGAUUUUGCAUGCCAAAUGCGAGAAUUAUGAUCCAUCAGCCAUCAGGGGGAGCUGGUGGGAAGGCCACAGAGAUGGGAUUGCAGAUAACAGAAAUGCUCUAUGAGAAGAUAAAGAUCAACAAGAUAAUGUCAAGGAUCACUGGAAAGCCUGAAGAGCAGAUUGACGAGGACACGAAGUUUGACUGUUUCAUGAGUCCUUGGGAGGCCAAGGAUUAUGGAAUAAUUGACAGCAUUGUAGAUGAGGGCAAACUUGGAUUGGUAGCUCCUGUAUCGGGAGCUGUGCCACCCCCAAAAUCACGUGUGUGGUACUUGUGGAACGCUUCAGGACCAACUAGAAAAAUAAUGAAAAAUCUACCUUCAGAGGAAAAGCUCAUUCGAAAUGGCAAUGGCAGUGUAAGUGGAGCUGAUGGAAUGCUGAAGGAGGCCUCAUCAACUUGAGAUAUGUCUACCAGCUUACAGCAUCACCAUGGGUUUAGGAUCAAAGAUGUGGCUUGCUAUACAGGCCAGAGCAUACAAUGUGCAAUUUUCAGGGUGCAGGUCUGUAUGCCUUGCCGGUACUCGAAGAUUGACUGUAGUGCUGUUUGUAUGCUGUAUUGUACUCCCUCCGUCCCAAAAUAUAAGAACGUUUUUGACAUUAUGCUAGUGUGAAAAACAUUCUUAUAUUUUGGGAUGGAGGGAGUAUUAUUUUUCCUGUAUACCGGUUGAUUUAUUGAUCUUGCAGUGCAACCAUCAUUUCGCAGGAGAAUAUAGCAUCCCUUGCUUA